UCAGCUCGGGGAUACGAUUCGGCAACCUUUCGGUUACUGGCCCAACGCUCUAAAUGAAGACUGAUUUUAUGCCAGGACACAGUGGAUUCGAUCAAAUACCUUUAUUUGAUAUAGAAAUAGAUUAUUAUGGCUUUUAGAAAAAUAUGGCUCAUAAAAUUUGGAUAUAGUAUGCCCAUUUGCCAUGAGUUGCCUACCUGUAUUUCCUACUCAGAGGAACGAUGAGCUGGUUCUGCAGCCAAUCUGAAAGCAGUUUUGUGUCCCAGUCAAAAUGAAGACAUCCAAUAACAUUGCUGUAGAGGGCGGGACCUCGAUAGUUUGUGCUUUUCCCAGGUGAGCUAGGUCAUUCAACACAACAUGGACAAAGGUAAUGUUAAAACUUAACAAUCCGGUUAAAACAAUAGCUUGAGUUCAUCCUAGGAUAUCUGUAUGCUGUCGAGUGAAUUAAUGUAACGUUAACACCUUCCAGCAACUUAGUCAUUGCUGGUGAAAUGGUGCUGGUGAAUAUCUGCACAUUAUCAUCGCUUUAGUUUUUAUAAAUGUAUUUAUCAGCCGUACCAUUCAUUUUGUCGGAACGCUUUAUUUAAUUAAUUUAUUUUAUUUAGACUAUAUAGAAAUGGCAAGACAUGCCAUGGUAGGCUUUUGUACAGCUCCCAGGCUGUGGCUCUUGUUGACGAACUACGCAGAUAACGUACGCAUUACCUCUAAUAAAACAUAUAAUAGUAAGGGAAGUGUACUUUAAGGCCGGCCUACUUUACAUGCCAGUAGUUUGGAUGCUUGACUAACAUAAUGUUGCCAACAGCGCAUUCUAUUUACGCAGUUAGUUCAACGUCGCUGUCCAAGGUCCCGACAAGCCGUAGGCGCAUGGGGGAAAUCCUCCUUCAUGACGACACCGGGUUUAUCACGCAUUGGGUUAAGUUUAGUCCAAGGUAUCCAUGGCAUCGACAGCAUGUGACAUCGUGUCUGUAAUUGGGUCAGGCAGGUUGAUGAAAGUAAGCUUAAGAACCCGUUAUCAAAAAGAGCUCAGCCGUUCAUCAUUGCUCAACCUACAGUCGAUAUGAUCUAAGAAAUUGCAGCAUGUUUGGAAAUAAUUGAGCAACAUGUAUCCUUAUCAGUUCGCACAUAACAUUUGGUUGGUCAUUCAAUUGGAUGAGGUAUCUGACCCUGCAUACACUGGACAGGUCUGUGUUUCUCAUGGUGUUAGGUGGGGGAGUGAGAUUCACCAUGGCCAGGAAUGGACCAGAGUGUGAGUCCAGGGAGGCGGAGGGUCUGCCAACAUGUCACAAACCACCCAUCUCCACUGGCUCCUUCAUCCAGCGCUGAGCCCCUGGAGGAGUGUGUACUGGGUAGGCGUGUGUGAAAGAGGACCCAGCUCCUGGCCAUGGCUCACUCGUCAGACCCCUCCCGCAGGGACGCAACCCCCGGGACUCAGAGGUCAGGCACGGCUACGCACCACCUCCUCCGGAAGCAGCAGCGGCGCCGUGGAAUCCAAUCUUCCUCCCCCAUGGGCCGGGUCAUCCUCAUCAACUCUCCUGUGGACGGUGGAGAUGACAGUGAGGACAUCCAUACGGUCACAGUGGAUAAGAGUGUUGACGGCAGGCUGGGAUUCAGCGUGCGUGGAGGCUCAGAGCACGGCCUCAGCAUCUUUGUCAGCAAGGUAGAGGACAACAGCUCCGCAGAGCAGGCAGGCCUGUGUGUGGGGGACAAGCUGGUGGAGGUGAAUGGGGUGAGCUUGGAGAGCAUCACUAUGAGCAGUGCAGUUAAAGUCCUGACAGGGAACAACAGACUGAGGAUGGUGGUGAGACGCGUGGGCAAAGUACCUGGUAUCCGCUACUCCAAAGAGAAGACAACCUGGGUGGAUCUGAUCCACGGUAGGAUGGUGGUGGAGGAGAGUGGGCGUACACCCUCCGCCUCAGUGGCCAGCUCAGAUGGGGCCCUGCGGAGUAUCAUCCACCUCUACACCACCUCAGAUGACUACUGCCUGGGCUUCAACAUCCGAGGGGGCAAGGAGUUCGGCCUGGGCAUCUACGUCUCCAAAUUGGAUCCUGGUGGUCUGGGUGAACGGAACGGCAUCAAUAUGGGCGACCAGAUCCUUGCGGCCAACGGUGUAAGCUUCGAGGACAUCAGCCACAGCAGUGCCGUGGAGGUGCUGAAGAGCCACACACACAUCAUGCUGACCAUCAAGGAAGCGGGACGAUACCCUGCCUAUAAGGAGAUGGUGGCAGAAUACAGGUGGCUUAACAAGUUGGCAUCUGGCAAUGGGACUCGGCCGUCUUCCUCCCAGGGCUCGGACUCCAACUCCUCUGCCUCAUCCUUGUCCUCUGGGACUCCUAUCUCCUCUCUGAGCGGACUGUCUCAGGUCAUGUUCCCCCCCAGCCUGCCCUUCGGCAUGGACAUGGUGGACGUCUGUAUCUCUACUGAGGACCAGAGGUUUGAGUCUGGCCAGUGCACUGACACCGCCAUCCAGACCGACCCCUCGCCUCACAGGAUGGGUGCGGACACUAGCCACAGCCUGGGGGCCACCACCCUCCUGCAGGACUCGGCCAUCCGGGGGGAGGGAGGCAGGGGGAGAGGAGAGUCCCCCAAAACGGCCGUCCUAAUGGCCCUCAGUAGACCGAGUCAGCCCAUCCAUCGCUCCCAGAGCCAGGUCACUGUAGCAGAGGUGAAGCAAACAAAGCAGAGGAAACAGCAGAAAGGAGGGAAGAAUCUUGAGAGGAGCACUCUACAGCGCUCCAAGACCUUUGUCAACCUGCUGUUCAGGGGUCGCAGGAGAGACACCUCCAAGGGGCGCUCCAAGUCCCCCCCCAAAUCCGGGGCAAGCGGAGAUGGGGAGCGCAGGCGCAGACCCAGCGGGCCGGACCCAGAGAUGCUGGGGGUGGUGGAGGGCAUGGCCCGCAGGCUGCUGAGUGAGGACGAGGUGGCCUCCGUCAUGAAGACCUGCCGACGGUACAUAACAGAGCGUGUGGUGGAGAACCUGGUGCGCCACCUGCUGGCCGUGCUGGACCGGCCUGAGAAGCUGUUGCUGCUGAGAGAGAUCAGAAUGCUGCUGCCUCCAGCUGACCUAGGGCUUUUCAACAACAUGGUGGUCCCAUUCGAAGUGGAGGCCUAUGAUAUCUUGAAGUACCGUUCUGUCAGAUCCCCACUUCUGCGCUCCCCUCAGUCUGGACGAGCCCCCAGACGACACCUCAUCACCCCCAUUCCAGACUUCCAGGGUGGCUUUGAGCUCCACAGUGCCCAGGAGGUGGAGAGGGAGAGCCAGCUGCUGGAGGAGCUAGAGCGGCUGCGUCUGUCUGCGUCCCAGAGCCCCCGGCAGCAGCACACCCAUACCUCCAGAGCAUUCCCCCCCCUGCUGGACGUCCCAGUGGAUGGCUACGCCUCCUCAGACUCCCUCCGUCCUCCCUUUGUCAGCCCCCUGCUCCCCAACUGGCUGCUGGCCCACAGCAACACCACCGAUCCCUGCUCCACUCUACGGGGACACAGUGAUACGGUCCGCUCCGUCCACUUUGAUGUGUCAAUGAACCAGGGAGAUGCCAUCUCGGAGCGGGGGAGAUCUCCCUUCAGGAAUGGGACUUCCAAGGGUAAAAAGGAGAAAACUGAUAAAAGGGAGAAAGAAACUGUGUUCACUCUGCAGAGCGCUCCUCGACGCAGCAGGCCCCUGUUGUCCCAGGUGUUUGGCUCUGGCCUGGACGCUGACUUCACAGCAGAGGGGUUGGGAAGGGAGCGGGUGAACGGGCUGCCCAGCUCCUCUGAGAAUGGCCUCAAUGGCAGCGCGCCGGUCAUGGAGUACGAGUUCAAAACCGUCAGCAUCUCCAAGACUAAGCAGUCACUCGGUAUCAGUAUCUCUGGUGGGAUGGAGUCCAAGGUGCAGCCGGUGGUGAAGAUAGAGAAGAUCUUCCCAGGAGGAGCCGCCUCCACGUGUGAAGUCCUGAAGGCUGGAUUUGAGCUGGUGUCAGUGGAUGGAGUGUCCCUGCAGGGUGUGACUCACCCCCACGCUGUGGAGAUCAUCCGCAGGGCUUUCAGCAACAAGGCCAAAGACCCCAUGGUGUUUAUAGUCAAAGUCCCCAAAAGCCCUUGACCCAAGACUGACUCACUGCAGAGGAAAAAUAGGUCUUUGGCCUGGAGGCACAAGACCUAAAGAGACUAGAAGCAACACAAACAGAACUACAGUGUGUUUGUUGGGAGAAGAGUGAGGAGUGAAAAGUGACAGUCUGAUGGAAUUCUGUGGGUUAAUAGGAAACUCCUGUUUCCUCUAUGGUGAACAAGAAGGAUCCGGUCAAUCAAAUGAGGGGACUAAGAGACCUGCUGCCAUGGGAACCAGCAGCCAGUGAUGUGUGUGCUGUCCUAGAGCGCCAGUUCACACAAUCCUUCACUUUUCAUUAUUUGUUAUAAUGUAUUAAUAAUCGCAUCAGACUUUCACAAAUGAUGUAAAAUAAAUACACAUUUCUUAGGACAAUACUUUACUUAAGUCAUUUAAACAAACUGGCUAAUUUAUGCAAACUGUAAUCCGAGUGCCUUCCAGGACCCCUGUGAACUGAACGAAUGGUUGUCUGUCCGAGCCAUAGAGAUAGAUAGACAAAGAUGAGUCCUCUACGUGCCAUUAUAGCGUCUGUGACAGCAUGGGCAGCGCCAUUGAGGCAAUCUCCAUUUUGAAGUAGUCAAUUUUCUUCUUCAAGAUUGGCAGAUCCCUCCUGAUGACUUGGUUGAACAUGACUCCAGUCACCAGGAGGGAUCAGCCCAUGCUAAUUACAGCCUUUUGGCCACUAGAGGCCUCUAUCAUUGGCUAUGGUCUGAGCCAGUGUGGAGCGGUGGCUAGCACACCUGCUUGUGAUCAGAAGAUGGCAGGCUUGGAUCCACCUGUCAGUUGAUGGUAAUGUUAAUAACAUGUAUAGACACACCGAGCCAUAAACUGAUAGUGAUCAUCUUGAUUGGAAAGUCACAUGUUAAUAUCAGGUGUAAACAUGACCUGAGUUUCUCCAAUUCUUGGUGAAACGUCUACAGGCCACACAAUCUGGAUACAGGAGAGUGACAUGUUAGCACACUGUAUAAACAGGACUUAAUAAAGAGCCUCUGACUAUUUAUUUUA